AUGCUGCGCUCAACGCAUUUGUGGUUGCAUGGAUCAGCAGCGCGGUCACAGUCUGUACUUACGGCACUGCUACGCAUACGGCACCAGUAUCAGCGGCCGACGAACCCUCUCAAUCGCCGAGAUGCAUCCAUGCAGUUGAUGUCCACUUCCCGUGACCACUUUGUCUCUGCGUUGCAGGAACGGCAACAGUUGGUGGGCGAGGCAAUGAAACUCCUCCGAAAGGAAGUCCGUGGCAGUGACACACUUUCAGAUGUGGAUACCGAGUCGGCCUCUUUUUGCAUUGAAGUGGGAAAGCUGUUAAGCGUCGCGGCGGCUUUUGGGGCCACCACAACCACCCCUCGUGUGGCCGAGGCGCUGCGGUGGGUGCGGAUGAACAAGAAACAGUUGGUGUCCCUGCGGCAAGUGAUGUCCAUCUGUAUGCCGCUGCUUAACCUCAAGGAUGGCAAGACGGCUGGAAGACGCUUCGUGGUUGAGGAACUCAGCACACCGCUGCUGACAGCCUUGGAGACCCCAGUUUUUGCGACGGCAUCUUUGGAGUCGGACCUAAAACAACAUCGCAGUGCCGUCGUCUCCGUCUUUACUCUUGUGGGGAGAGUGCUGGAUAGUGACAGUGGUGAUGCGGAUGAAGCGAGGCAGGCUAUCGGCGAAGACGACCUUCGCCGCCCUUCUUCAAUGGAGGAUUCCUUGAAAUUGUAUCAAACGGCAUUGCUAUUUUUCACAAAAGGCGUUGAUGCGCUGCUCAUGAUGGUGAAGCGACAGCUUCCGCCGCUUGAGAUUUUUGAGUGUGUUCACAUACUACAGGCCUGCGGGCGCCUUGAAGCGGAUGCUGAAGACGACUUCGCGGCAACAGUGAGGGAUGGAUUAAAUAAGGUGCGACCAAUGAUUGAUGCGGCUCUUGGCCCAUCUACAGGGACGAGCAAACGACCUAGUGACGUUUGCCACCUACUUUCUGUAACGUCCAAGUUGCAGGAUGCACAACACAUGAGGGAGUUGUCCCGUGCUGUUCUUGCAUUAUUGCCUCUUGCAUUGGCUUCUGCAUCUGUGAAAGAUAUCUGCGUAGCUCUCCAGGUGUUGGUGCGACUACGUUCCAGUGCAACGGAGGUUACAGAAGAAUCAUCUAUGGUUCGGCGUGUUCUUGAGGCAGUACGUCCAAAACUGUUUCUUAUCGCUGAAACGCAUCCAGGCUCACUGCGACAUAUCGAGUGUUCAUCGCUGAUGUCGACUCUCUCCCGUCUUGAUGAAGAACUGGCGGAUGAUCUUGUGAAUCUGCUUUGUGGUUGUUUUUCCGCUUCCAUGGAACAGGUACCGCCAGCUCAACUUAUUCCGUUUCUUCAAGGCCUCGCCAGGUGCAGCGAGGCUGCUUCACGAUCCUCAGGUGAGGCACACCAUGUCCCUUUUUGGGAAGUUGUUCGUCUCCCAUCCGUGCUUCCAUGCAUUGAGCAAGCCGCAGAUCGUGUUAUUGCUUGGGCGGCGGCUGGGACCUUGACGAGUAUGGAGUCGGCACAGCUGCUACUUCUCUUUUUACGGCUGCGGUACCCCAGGGUUACUGCCGUCUACGAGGCCUUGGAACCAAAACUGUCGGUGACCGUCGAUUGCUUGUCAAAAGGCCACUCCGAUGAUAACAACGGCACUGAUGGUGAUGCUACUUGUAGUUCUGGUGAUGGGAAUGCAGUUGGCGGAAACGGAUUGAGUCAAGAAUUCAAGCAGAAGGCGUUGGGUGACACCGACGUGAUUUUGCUUACUUCGGCUUUAAUGAAUGCUUUGAAUGCUUACCGAAAUGAGGCGGUGACUGUCACACGAGAGGAGGAGGUAUCGCUUAAGCGUGCAGAUAAACUGUGUGAGACCCUGCGGCAAGGCGCCGUAGGAAGCAUCGCGCAGACUGAUAAUCCAAAGUCUCUCGUGAUGCUUCUCCAUCUCCUCUUGUCUGAAGGAAAGAAGGGAGGAGGCGGAAAUGCCUCUAUGAAAACGGCGGUGACAACGGCAUCUGUGACGACUCGAUCCCCCUCGCGUCUGUUGGACGCGGUGGCUGGACAGGUGUGUCUUGUCGCACCUGUCACUAACGCAUACGAGGUCGGGGCCUUAGCCAAGGCCGUUGGAGAAUUAAUGGCACUGGAACUGAUUGGGGAGGCGGAGGCGCAGCGGGCCAUGGAGGCAAUUUUGGAGCGGAGUGGAUCGGUUGAGUUGAACGUUUAUGACGCGCAGUCUCUUCUGGAGGGGGUUCGACGGGUGCGCGCGGUUUCCAUCCCUCCGUCCUUUCUUCACCACCUGGCGACGCUACUGCAGACGGCACCUAAAAAGACGACAUGGAUUCUUCGACGCCUGCUGCCGGUCUUGAAGACAGCCACACUGAAGCCCACCGUACUGGAGGCAUUGAUUAAACUGACGGAAGUUGCAAUGACAAAUGCAUGCACUUUGAUGUCCACUAACGCUUCAUCGCUGCCGCCGCCGCCACUUCGUGACAUCGCACUUCUUGCCCAUGGCCUGGCGCAGCUGUACGAAUUCUGCUCCUGCCUUCCCAACAACGUUCGACACGAAAGCUUCGGAGCAGAGUUGACUGAAGAGCUGGAGGAGGAAACCGAGGAGGAAGAAACGAAUUUCUUGAAUGAUGAUACUGCGGCUGAUGAAUCUGAUGAGUUUAAGCAACCUCUAUUAAUCGUGACAAAACAGGCGUUUUCGAUUCUGGGAGAUGUUGCCUGCGCCUCGCUGCAGCAACUUGGUGAUUCCAGUGAUGAACCAACCUUCACGCAGAUAUUACCGAAGGAGGUUGUUAUGCUUGUGCAGAGUUUUGAAAAAGUGGGAGUGAGGCAUCACACUUUUCUCUACGAAGUUGUCCCGUUCGUCCGGGAUAUGUCUUCGGCCAUGGAACCGUUGGAGAUCUCGUUACUACUAAAUGCGUUUGCUCGUCUUGGCGCAUGGAACGGGCGCGUUUUAAAUACAUUGGCUAGCAAUGUUGCGAAACAGGUAAGUACAUGUAGUCUGAAGCAGUGUCAAUCUAUCUUAAAGGCCCUUCAACUCUCAGGAUUUCUUAGCCCUGACGUCCUUUUUUCAACUACGGCGUACAAAACAAGUCUGGAACAGGAUUGGCGCCAUGCGUGUGCACCUGUAACACAGGCGUCUAUCAAUCCUCUUGUAUUGCUUUCAAUAAGCGUUGUGGAGCGUAUGACAACACUCAUUGAACAAUCUGAAUCCGUCCCUGCUGUGUUGGAGACUCAGAGUCUGGAGGACAUCGCCGCGGUUGUUCGGGUUUUGUUUUUUUUUGAUCAACCACCACAACCGGCCUUUGACACGUACUUUGAGAUGGCGGUGAAGUUGCUGCUUGCCAGGAAGCGUAUUCUGGACGAUGGCUCACCACGUAAGCAGAGGAAUUGGCUGAUGAUUGCCCUUGCCCUUAACGGUUGUGUGGGUAAACUGCGGCGGUACCAGCGUCAAUGCAUCUCUGCUCAGGCAAUAGCGUACGCCGUUACUUCUCACCAGACGGCUUUGGUCUCGCUGUCACCGGGACUGCGACUGAUGCCAGAGGAAAAGGUGGCAGAGCUUUAUUGCGCAUGCUGCGCCUGUGCUUUGGUGUAUCACGGCAAAUUUUCUCCUGAAGAGGCCGCACCGUUUUUAGAGGUUAUUUCAGAGAAAUUGCGGGAUGAGGAUGUGGCCCGAAAUCCUCGUCGUGUUAGUAGUGCGUUGCGACAUUUGACAAAGAUUUCUUGUAGGCACAUUGGGGCGCCAUGUGUCGUCUAUAGAAACGCGCUGGACUCGGCGCGUCGUCUUGCUGCGCUAUUGCAGGGAACUGUAGUCGAGGAGAGGAGUGAAAAUGCAUCUCUGUGCUCUUCGUCAGCAGCUGCGGUAGUGAUGGAGGUUCUUUCCAUGAGUCAUCUUUUGGCACUCCCGUAUUCGAUGGGAGAAACACAAGAAUUAUCGCAGCUCCUGUCGUUUUUUGCAGACCAAAUACGUAGGAACGGGGUUUCAACACUUUCAGCCGCUGAGGGUUCCGUCCUUGUGUUGGCCACAGUUAUUGGAACGACCACGACAACUCCUUGUCCAGUGAACGUGGCAUGGCUAGACGAAGUGCAGCAUGGCAUUCUCUUGAAGAAGCAGAUGUCUGUUCAUGAUGCAGUGAAUAUUCUUCUUGCUGGGGCGCUGUGCCGUAACGAACGUAUUGUGCGGGCAGAGACAGUGCAGUUAGCCUCGCGUGUGCUGGUGAGUCAGAUGGGGAAAACGGAUUCGACGGGAUUGUGGUUACUGCCCAACCUUUACCGUCUUACGACGGCGGGUGACGCGUGCUUUAUGGCGUGGUGCACACGACUUCAGGAGGCGGCUGCAGAUGGCGCUUCUGCUUCCGUUGCUGGCGGCGUAUUAGAGGUUUUUGAACGCGUUCUUCCGGCGCUGCUGCGGGCGAUGCGCUCUGCCUCAAAGGACGUCACACCAACGCUGUGUUGGAAGUGCCGGGCGGAUGUGGUUGAGCAGUAUCGUCGCCAUUCGCUGAAACGUGGGGAGGAUGCGGGGCUGACUGAGGUCUUCGCGGAACUGCUAGAGGAACAGGAGUUAUGUGUUUCCCCACAUUCCACCAACUAA